UCCAGUCUGGUCGGGAGCCACGAUGGAUACAAUACCAUGUCUUUUACUUGUCCUGCUUUUCACAGCAAUGCUACAAGAAACUACCGCUCUCCAGUGUCACUGUGAGCGCUGCACUGCCAACUCUAGCUGUACCACAGAUGGCGUCUGUUUCGUCAAUAUUCGCAAGUCAGGCACCCGGUUGACGACGGAGCUGCACCAGUGUGUUCACGAAAAAGAACUGUUCCCUCGAGAUCGGCCCUUCAUCUGUGCCCCGUCCUUCAAGCACGACACGGUCCUUUAUCCGAUUUGCUGUACCACAGAUUACUGCAACAAGGACCCUGACCUCACAGUUUUCCCAGUCCCCACUGCAAAGCCUCCCCCUUUGGGACCUGUGGCUCUCGCUGCGGUGAUUGCUGGACCAGUUUGCGUACUCUGCUUGCUCCUCGUUUUGGCUUUCUAUGUCUGCCACAGCCACCGUGGGCUGGGGGCUGGCGGGGCUGGAGCCCACCAUCACCACCACCACCGGGUGCCCAAUGAAGAAGAUCCCUCCAUGGACCAUCCGUUCAUCACUGUUGGAACAACGCUGAAGGACCUUAUCUAUGACAUGACCACCUCUGGUUCUGGAUCAGGCCUGCCACUUCUUGUCCAGAGAACCAUUGCCAGGACCAUCAUCUUACAGGAGAGCAUUGGGAAAGGCCGUUUUGGGGAGGUGUGGCGCGGUAAAUGGCGUGGUGAGGAAGUGGCUGUGAAGAUUUUCUCCUCCCGGGAGGAGCGGUCUUGGUUCCGAGAGGCUGAGAUCUACCAGACCGUGAUGCUUAGACAUGAGAAUAUUUUGGGAUUCAUUGCCGCAGACAACAAAGAUAAUGGGACAUGGACUCAGCUGUGGCUGGUAUCAGACUACCAUGAGCAUGGCUCCUUGUUUGACUACCUGAAUCGUUACACCGUUACUGUUGAAGGCAUGAUCAAACUAUCUCUGUCUACAGCCAGUGGCUUGGCCCACCUCCACAUGGAGAUUGUGGGCACACAAGGUAAACCAGCAAUUGCCCACAGAGACCUCAAGUCCAAGAACAUUCUGGUAAAGAAGAAUGGAACCUGCUGCAUUGCAGACUUGGGUUUAGCUGUCCGGCACGAUUCGGCCACCGACACAAUUGACAUUGCUCCAAAUCACAGAGUGGGAACAAAAAGGUACAUGGCCCCAGAAGUACUGGAUGACUCCAUAAACAUGAAACACUUUGAAUCUUUCAAGCGGGCUGACAUUUACGCCAUGGGAUUGGUCUUCUGGGAGAUUGCUAGUCGUUGCUCCAUGGGAGGGAUCCACGAGGACUACCAGCUGCCAUACUAUGACCUGGUUCAGUCAGAUCCAUCAGUGGAAGAGAUGAGAAAGGUGGUUUGUGAGCAGAAGCUUCGUCCUAACAUUCCCAACCGUUGGCAGAGCUGUGAGGCAUUACGUGUAAUGGCUAAGAUAAUGAGGGAGUGCUGGUAUGCCAACGGGGCCGCCCGGCUCACUGCCCUCCGGAUCAAGAAGACCCUAUCACAGCUCAGCCAACAGGAGGGAAUCAAAAUGUAGACACAACCCACCAAACAUGCACACAAACACAUUUCAGACUGGCAUCCAUUUCAUUAGCAUUACAUUGACUUUAUUAUUCAUUAAUUGUUCCUCCCCUAAGGAUUGGAAGGGAAGUUGAGACAUUGUGUUUUUUUUCAUAUCCUUUUUAACUCACUUACAGGUGAGUUUUGCAUUUACAACUGAAGACUUGUGUUGUACACCUGAAUCCAUUGAUGGAUUGGUGGGCAAACGAAUAAGGAUGUACUCAUAUUAAGCCGUUCAUACUAGACUUGGGCGCCAUUCCAGCUCCCUCUCCCAGUCCUUGCUGGCCGGUGCUCACACUGAGCAUUCCUGGGGCAGCCAGUUUGCUUGUGCCAUCACUUGUGCACUGCAAUUUCCCUGGCUUUUUGAUUACGUGCGUUCUUGUAUUCGUGGCUAUCAUCUUGCGACAAUUACUGCUGGCCCACCUCUUUUGUGUUUCCCAAAAGAGGGGAUGUUACAACAGAGGCACUUUGACCCCUCUUUUCAAACCUUCAAGUUUCUGAUCAGCGAUCAGAGCACUCACACGGUGGGCUCACGCACGGUACGAUUGGCCUAGUAUGAGUACACCCUUAAAUCUAAUGAGGGAUGGUAGUGCCUGAGAUCAUCUCAUAAAAGAAAAACUCUUCAAGACCCAUUAGGGCAACAUACCAUGUCCAUGGCAUCCUUGCCUGGCCUUCAUUGCUCAGCUCUUCAGGUAGCUUAAACAGCAAGUAGUCUGCUGGUAUCUCCUGAGAGGCCUCUGAGCUGCCUUACAUAUUUGUCACUACAGCCUCGUUUGUAUAUUAGCAUUUCAUUUUUCACUUCAGUUGAUCAUAAGCUAGUCACAAGUGGAGAUGCAAGUCCUUCAUUUCCUUCACAAUAGCCCAAUCCACCAUGAGAUGUGACACAUGUGACACAAACGCACAUUCUUGAAAGAAUGUAAUUAUGCGAAGUGCUCCCACAUAGUAGCACUGGAAGCUGGAGCAAGAAGGUAUUAUGACGCCCUGUUGUGCAGAAUUUCUCAUCGCUGCGACAAUUUUGCACCUGGUUUUGAUUUUCUUACUAAUGUAUUAUUUUCCUGUCUCCCUGUGUAUUAUCAUGGAGAUGGACAGGUCAGUUUAAUUUAUUAUUUUAAUUUUUAAUUUUGAGUGGCAGGGCAUCUUUUUCUUUUCACAAAAAACUGGACAUGAUGACCUCAUUCAGUUUUGGCAAACAUGCUGCAUCAUAUGCAAUUUACAGUAGAUAAGUGUGUGUAUUUUCUAUACUCUGGUAAAAAAAAAUCACAAACAGCUAGAGCAACAACAACAAUCAGCUGCCACUAUGCCUUCCAGUACAGCUGUUACCGGAAAGUGCCAGUGCUUUAAAAACCCAACUCCUCUCACGCCAGCUGCUGUGCAAGGCAUUUCUUUCUGGCAUGUAUGCAGCUCUGUGUGUAUCUGUGUGCGUGCAUGUGUUAGCGACUGUCAGGAGCCCUGUGGAAGCCCAUCUGAGCAUAACGUAGCUCAUACUAUGCACACCCAAAAAGAAGAGAAGGGAACAACACGUCACACCACACAACGCCAACAAACAGUAAGCCAGCCUCUCCUCUCUGGUUUCCAUUUCAUACUACAAGUACUACAGGUGAACACACAAACACCUCAGCAACAAGUUUUUGGACAGCUUGUCCUGUCAGUGAACUGAAUCUGGAAAGUGAUUAACUCGUUUGGGGGAACCAGCAACACAAAACUUUAAAGCAAAAGAAUGACUGAUGUUAUGUUACUGAUAUAAUUUCUAACUUUCAUUUUUGUGCUUCAAUGCAAAGUGGCAUUUAAAGCCAUUUUUUCUGUGUAUGAUAAGCAACACAAUUCAUUUCAAAAUAACUAGCAGAUGUGUCAGAAGCCAUGGGUUUUCCAAGUUUUGUGUGUAUGUAUAUACAUAUAUAUUUUGGUGAGGUUAUUUUCUACAAAAUUACACAUUGUAAGCCUUAAGGGACCAACACACAGGACUUGGUCUUUUUAUGUGCAUAAUGUGAGGGGUGGUCAAAAACAUUGCAUGUAUUGACUGAAAAUCAUUGAGUAUUUACAACAAGAGUUUGGCAAGUUUUUAUCACACCUCAUAUGUAUGUAAUUAGUAAAAUACUAAAAGUCAAAACAGCUUUCUGCAAAAGGACAAACUAAAAUGAACGUGCCCACCUCUGAAUUUACUGCGUGCCUCAAGAUAAUGCAGUAUAAUACAACAAGCGUAAAUCUAUAAUCCCUGGGGAGGAUUUCAUCAGUCUGACAUGUUGAUUUUAAUUUAAGGCUGUGACAAAAUAAUUUUGCAAGUGUGUGUCUGUAUACAACCAAAAACACAUGUAGCACUUGGUUUGAUGGUAUUUAGUCAUGUGUUCUGUUGCCAAUAUGCCAUACAUUUAAAUCAUCAAAUAUGUUUGCAUUUGGUACGUGCAUCAAGACAUCUUUUUAGAGAGACCAAAACAUUUAAUUUGAUGUAGCUUAACUACAAUCAAAAUCCCACCACGUGUUUUUAUGUUCUCCCAUGGUUUUCUUAAUAGCUGUAUAACAUUGACAUGCUGCUUAUAAGUCCAAAUCACUUUCUUUUUGAAGGUGAGCGUUGCCAUUGGGUGUAAAUAUCCUCACAUUUUAAAGUGGUUAUUUUGUUCCACUUUCCCAAUUCCAAUCUUGAAGUCUCUGCGGACUUUACUUUGUAAACCCACUGUUGCCAGUCCAGCACAUCCACUGAAUCUGAGAAGCUUGUUUUAGGUCUCAUUACUUUGAUAGCCACACAGAAAAUGUAGUAAUGGCCUGGAGAUGGAUGAAAUCCUGUACAUUUUACAUAGUUGCACUCAAAAGAUUCAAGAUCGCAUUGUCGAUGUGUAUUUUCCAAACCUUCAAUAGAUAAUGUAAGAUUAAUAAAUGGUGGCCCUUUGUAAUAUUAGAAUUCAGCAAUUUGAAUUAUUUCCUGCAAAUGACUGCAAGUUUAUCAAUCUUGAAAAUAGAUUGAAUAGACUGUACAAUGAGAGAUGAAUAGUUUGACGCACAAGGCUAAACACCAAGCCCAACAAACUAAUAUAAAGUUACAAGCAACAUUAAAUCUGGUAAACCAAAAGCUGUACCAUAAUAAAGGGCUUCAGUGUAGACAGAAAAUAUUACUGUACAACUGAAGUGAAUCCAAAGACACAUCAAUCGACAGUAUACGCUAUAUUGCUUGUCCUCAUUAGGGUCGCCGGGAACUCGCACCUAUCCCAGCUGCGUGGUACACCCUGGUGUCAAGACACUUUAAUCUUUUAGAGAAAACCUAUAAAUUAGACUGUAGUUCAUAUACUGUAAAACUGUUCAGCUAAAUCCUGCAGUAUGUCGCAUUGUUAGAAGGUUGUUAUUAAUCCACUGUUGUUCGCUAAUGAAAUGAAGUUGCCUAAAAACACCUUCUAAACAUGUUUGGUGUCGUAUGCUCAUGUGAGAAUGCCUUACUUGUCCAAGUUCAAGCACAUACAGUCAAACCUCGGUUUUCGUUGAAAAUGUCUGCUAAAAUGUUUCCUCCGCUUUCAUACAUUCUGUUUUCGUACUUACUGUACAUGUUUGCCCUGUACUCUAUUGUUCCGCGAAAUCAAGUGCCCAAACAAAGCACCCUACUCUACCUGUCCGCAUUUUUUAAUGUGACUGCUUAAUAACCCACCAUGGGACCAAAGAAAGUAGCGAGUGCCAGUGAUUUAAUAAAGAAGGUAAGAAACACUCUUGAAUUCCAUCUAGCCAGAAUGUACAGGAAGUCCGCAUCAUCCGUAAGUUUAAUCCAUUCUUCAUGGAUAAUUAUUUGCAUUGUUUUCAGCAGGUAAAACUAUAGUUAUAUAUCACAUAUAGUUUUUGUUAAUAUUUUUGGGUGUCUGGAACGGAUUCUUUUGAUUUACAUUAUUUUCUACGGGAAAAUUUGCCUCGGGUUUUUGUACAUUUCGCUUUUCGUUGGCCCUUUUGGAACAACUUUAUGACGAACACCGAGGUUCCACUGUACUUAGACAAGUAAAAAAAAGGGUAUUUUAUCUUGGUGUUGAAAUUCGAAGAAAUAAAGUGGUUAUUGGUUUCUUUGUCGAGUCAAUUAGAUGUAAAUUCAAACUUGUAUGACGGUUAAACCAAGAUAAAGGAAACCAGAUGUGUCCAAAAUGCGGCACGGGGGCCAUUUUUGACCCGCAGCUUUUUUUUGCAACAUGCUGUGCAAAUAAAAUAAAUUAUCAAGAUAAAUUAUUAUUGCAUAUUACACCCAUUUGCUCUGUUACAUUCAAACGCUAAGAUGUGGAUGCUUUGUUAUCUUAGCAUUUAUGCACCUACGGUACGUCGGAUUGUUUUUACCAUCUUUAAUGCACAAAAUGUAUCCCGCAUCCUUCAUUUUUUUUGUGUGGCCCUUGGUGGAAAAGGUUUGAACACUGCUGUUUUAGAUGAUUGGAAAUUUUCCUUGGGUUUUCAGUGAAAAAAGUGGUUAUUAUUGCUGUCUUAGUCGAGAGAAUAAGCUGUCGAUUCAAACUUUGUAUGUCGGAUGAAUGCAGAAUUAUGGAUGGAUCAGUCUUGGACAAAAUUGAGGAUUGGUAGUGCUGCUGUAGGACAAUAAAUUAGCAAAAUAACCAAACCCCUUAUUACCCUGCUGGGGCCUUUAGGCUAUGACUGUGGCUGUGUGGUUUGUGUGUUCCAUUCAUCUCCUAAAGCCAUCGCCAUUCUCUGGGAUUUUAACAACACAAACUGGGCAACACCUCUGGUAUGUCUCAACUCGGACAACCCUCAUUCUUGUCUUAAAAGUCACCACCACAGCCUGUACUUUUCAAAGCCCAAGGUGACUUAACUGUACAAAGGUUACUUUUAUUUGCAUCUUUUUUUAGCUUGUGGUCUUUAAACAACAAAGUUUCUGUUCUUGAAUCUUUAUUGCCUUUCUGUUUUCAUUCCAUAUGCGCUAAUGAUCUCAUAGCUACACGCAUCACUGCAGCGUGGAGUUCAGCUCAGGUUUAACUAACUUAGCUUAAUUAAGGACAUAGUUUAAACCUGGAGUAUGCUUGAAACAAACGUUCCUGUUUGUCAACAAUUCCAAUUAAUUAAGUCAACAAAUCUCUACGUGUUCUUAUACCUAAAAGUGGUCACUUAAGCAGAUGCUGAGAUUCAUGAUUGACCAAUUUUUGGACUUAACGUCCAAAGGGGUCAUUUCUAUGAAAAAUUGGUCUGUUUAAGUUGACGUGUUGUGUAUUGUUAACUUCAUCAUUAUUGCUAAGCAGCCUUAAGGUGUACCUGACAUGAACAGUUAAAUAUGCUUAAUAAUGGUUUAAUAAUUAUGUCCUACAUUGUUCGAUUUUUGAAAGCCAACAGUAAAUUUGCAAAAAAAAUUAUAUUUAUAGUAAAUAUAACGAGCUAGCUUUCUCUAUUCAGUCUCAUUUGCGGAAGUGACGCCAUCGGAGUACUAUUACUCAGGCAAACAAACAGUGGUGAACGAGACAGAGGAUGUUUACAGGGAUCAUAGCGAAAAUUUGAGCGAUGCGCUAAUAGUUUUUGAGGAGAAAGAACAACAACAUUUGGAGAUGAAAGAGAACUUGCGGAGCAUGGACUUAACGGAAACCUGCGUUUUGGAAUUUUGCCCAUCAUCCACAAACCUUAUAUGACACAUGGGCUUUUACUCUUUUCCGUGAGUUCUAAAGAUAUAAAAACAGGUAAAAAGACACAGCUAAGAAUGCAUGUAAUGGGAAACUUUUAUUCCACUUAUAAAGUCUUCUGAAAAAAGCUCCAAAAUGCGGCAACAAUGCUCCAAUUACAUAUAAUGUAUAUUGCAUGCAUGUUAACCAAGCUACAGAAACAUUGUUAUUAUGAUAAUGAUUAUUAUUGUUAUUAACAUUGUUAUGCAAAUUGAACUACAUUACUAGCAUAUUGACACUUAGCCAGAACACACCGGUUGCAGUUGCAGUAGAAGCGAGUAGCUUCACCACACACUCGCCCGCAGUGUGUCAGCGGCGCGCUCACAGCGCCCCAGGCCACCACCAAAUGGUGACACUACGUAUUGGAGCUGCCGCUACUACUACUGUGUGUUCUUGUUUUUGAGUUUGGAAAAGGUAAUGCUAGGUGUAGGCGUUUGUUUCGAUGUUACUAUGUGAUAACGUAGUAACGCGGUAAUGCUUAAAAAGACCAAAAUACGGCAAAAUACUGUAAUUAUUACAUUAUCAUAAAUGUACCUGUUACAGCAUGUAUAUAAAACCUUGUUGGAGGUGUUUUAAUAGCUGCUGGCUGUCUCUUUUUAUCUGUUUUUUUUUUUUUGUUGUUCUCCCCGUGUGCACGUGGGUUUUCUCCGGGUACUCCGGUUUCCUCCGACAUUCCCAAAAACAUGCAGGUGAGGUUAAUUGGUGUCUCUAAAUUGUCCAUAGGUGAAUGGUUGUUUGUCUAUAUGUGCCCUGUGAUUGGCUGGCGACCAGUCCAGGGUGUACCCCGCCUGUUGCCCGAAGUCAGCUGGGAUAGGCUCCAGCAUGCCCCCGCGACCCUAAUAAGGAUGAAGCGGUAUAGAAAAUGGAUGGAUGGAUGCUGUUACCCCGAUGACGUCAGUUCUGGAAUGAGGCUGAACUGCGAGAGCUAGUUUGUCAUGGUUGGCACCGUGAACUCUAAAUAUAAUUUCUGUGAAUUUACCAUUCGAUUUCAAAAAUCUGAAAAUGUAGAGCAUAAUCACAAACAAUAUAUAACAUUUAAACAAAGCUGAUGAAUCGUGUCAGGGACCCUUUGAAUAACAGCUACAUACUGUGACUACUGCGUGUAAAAUGGCUUCUUCAGCAACUUAUAAAAUGCACCCAUUUAUUUAUUUUGUUAAUUGCUUUACGUUGUUAGCCGAACAAUUUGCGCAUGUACGAAAGCUUUAUCAUCACUGUAGUCAAGAAAUACAGUACUUCGAAAUUACCACAGCAGCUCUGUUAGAUAAGAGUAUAAAAUAUGAAAACACAAGAAUUUAAUAAAAGUAUGCAUGUGGAGGAAAGCCAUGUCAUCAAAAAUGAAAGUUAAACAAUCCUUCAGUCAGUAAAUGUGUAAGCAAUGGCUUGUUUGGUUUGUUCCACUUAUGUCGACGUCAGUCAACCAGUCCCGCGGGGGGUCAAGAUAAACAUGCCCCGUGGUACUACAUAGCUAGUGGGCCCGUCCCACGGUUCAUUUUGGUAAAUCAAAAAUGUCAUCAAUUGUCCCAUGAGCUGGUGUACUCAUGUUCAUCGCAGAAAUGUGCACCCUGUUACUGAAACAAUUGUUUAGGUCCAUGCCUCUGUACAAUUGCUACAUUAGAAGCUUUAAAGCGGACCACAAUGCCUUGCUGUGUUUUAUUGACUAUACAAAUGUUUUUACUUUACAUUGAAACAUUGAUAGUCAUUGUUAAUAGUCUAUUUUGUAAAAAGUCUAAGAAAAAUUAGUAAACCAUGGUUAAUAAUACACUAAUCCCUCCUUUAUCAUGGCUAAUUGGUUCCAGACCUGACCUUGAAUUUCCGCAAAAGUAGUAGUUCAUUUAUAACUGGAAUAUUUUCAUAAUUAACCCGUGUACGACCUUCUAAAUACUGUGCUUAACAUUAAUAGAACACUCUGGACGUAUAAUAACGCCCCCAGAAGUCACCUUUACAAUUGUAUAAUAUAGUAAAUGUAAUAACAAAAUAAGAAAUUUAGGAAAUAAUUGUGUGUUGCUGUAAAUGUGCGCCGGUGCUGUGGGAACAGAGUGGGGGUGGGGGACAGCAAGUGAUGUCGGUGGUUUAGAGUUGAGGUUGAGUUUAAGUUUAUUGUGGGUUACGGCCGCAAUAGUAGCCGCUGUUUAGGAUUAUUGUCCCUGUCAUGAGAUAAUUCCAACCUGCAAUGAAAGCCUGUUCCGGGGAUCAAGUCUAGUGCUUGUGUGUCGCAUUGUUACAGUAACAUUACUGACACCUAGUGACCAGUGUAGAAUACUGCAUAUCACAGCGUCUUUGAAUGUGUCUUCUCAAUGCCUUACAUUUGCAUUUUAGUUAAUUUAACCAUUUUAUGCCUGAAAAUGCUUAACUUAGACAAAAAUACAUCCAAUAUGCUAUGCCAAAAAAUAGCCCGUAUUCAAUAACAAAAUACCAUGACAUAUUUCGAAGCGCGAAAUUCCAAGUGCAAAGUGGUGAAGGGAUUACUGUACUGUACUUGAAAAAUUGCAUGCUCUGUGGGGGAGUAAGAUUAGAAGUUCUUCCAUGGUACCAACCUAUAUCAGAACCUAUAUAUUACCCGAAUGUAUUUAAACCUUUGUUUCAAGCAUACAUUAGCAUUUACUGUUGAGUGACUGUGCAGCAAACAGCACGACUACCACUGCCUUUUUCUGACUGCUGCUACCACCUAAAGUGGUUAUCUGGGGUGUGAUUAAACCAAUUCAGGUGUAGACACAUUUUAAAAAAAGGCUCAAAUUGCUUUUCACAUACUUACGGGAGCUGAAAUGUCUGAGCUAUUCUGUGGCCUAAACCUAUUUUGAAUCAGGUAUUGCUUUAUUUGUGCAAAAUGUUGUAGAUGGAGGGCUAACAAAAGCAAGGGUACGCUGCAAACUAUGCCAGAAACUCGAGCGCCUCAGACCAUACACACCUGUGAAUGUAUCGAGCCCUUUGAGAGCCUCUGACCAAUCAAAGCACAACCCAAAGGUCACAGCAGAAACUGGUGAUGCGUGUAAAUAUCUGCAACACAGGUUAUCCUCUCCUUAUGCAAAACCAUGAGAGCAGCGUCCGCACAGGGUCAUGAAUUUGCGUCUUGCAUGAUCCACUCACUGUGAUGAGGACCACCAUUUCUUCUGAAAGGAUCACGUAGAAAGGCCUACAGGGGAAAUGUCACACUGAGAAGGUUUGGGUCACUAAAGUGCUCAGACCAACACGCUGCAGUGUAGCAGAAAGCUUUCUGUUUUGAUUUGGUGCAAGUAAGAAUUCUUUUACUUUUCCAAUGCCAAGACUGCAUGUGAUCAAGACUGCUUGGUAAACUAAACAUCAUCCUAAAAGGUCACCUAUGGAAUAUACCUCCAUGUUAACGAACAAUGUGUUUUACCUCACUGUAAAUAUAGUCUCAAUUUGUUAACUCUGAUUUGUUUUAUUUCUAUGAAAUGUUAAAAAGUUACAGAGAAGUUUUAGUUUUUUCUUUGGCGGUACCUUUCCCCUCCCCCCCGUCAAACGGCAUUGUGUUGUUUGUGUGGAGUCCAAACAUUGAAGUAUUUCCUCUUUGCCAUUCAUGUUGUGUAAACGAUGAUGUGUUUUGGUAGUGUUGUUCUACUUGAGCUGUACAGUCAAAAGUGCUUUACAGAUGUCAAGCCCCAUUCUGAGCUCUGCUACAAUUGCCUUUUUCAAUAUGCUCUUUGUCUUAAAAAAAAAAAAAAAAGAAAAAAAGACAGAAAUCAAAGUGGUGUUUGAGGACCCCUUUUGGAUUUCUAAACAUAAUUAUCAUGACCUUUUUUAUAUCGUGUGUACAGAUGAAUGAGAGAUCAUAGGAACUAGAGGACUGAAAUAUGUUAACUUUUAACAUAGCUGGAGUAGAAAGUGGUGUGAUUAAACAAUGUUUCACAAUUAAACGUGUUUUUUUAUUUGAUGGCCUCAUAUUUUUUGGAUUGUUUGCUGUCUAAAAAUACAUUACUGGAUUUGGACAGUGGACAAUGCACAACAUUGCAGCACAAAACUGAUGAACUUGUAUGAGGCUCGAAGUGAUCAGUUGACAUCUCCGGCCGUCUCUUCACCCGAGUGUGAAGUGACAUGUGGCCACAAGUCCGGCGACACGACCACAAAGUCAAUCAUCGAGCUGUGGCCCAGGGUGUCCUGGUGCCAAGUGCACAUGUGGACACCCUUCUGAUUGAGCAUAGUGUUUGUUAUAGACAAUCUGACGAGCACAAAAGUCCACCGCUCGGGUUCAAAUCGGGGGGCUGUUCCUCCCAAUCACGCCUUUCCAGAUCUCACUGUUGCUGCCAACAUGAGCGUUGAAGUCCCCCAGUAGAACAAGGGAAUCCCCUGAGGGAGCACUCUCCAGUACUCCCUCUACGGACUCCAAAAAUGGUGGGUUUUCUUCCACAUAAGCAGGACCCAACAGUCAGGACCUGAAGGCGGAGGGAAACUACCCUAUCGUUCACCAGAUUAAACUCCAACGUACAGGCUCGGACCUGGGGGCAACAAGGAUCGCCACCCCUGCCCGUUGCCUUUCACUGCUGACAAUGCCAGAGUAGAAUGAAAUCCAGGCCCUCUCGAGAGGACUUAUUCCAGAGCCCUUACUGUGUGUCGAGGUGAGUCUGACUAGAUCUAUAUCUAGCCAGAACUUCCCCACCUCGCACACGAGCUCAGGCCACUUCCCCAACAGUGGAGCUUUAGGUGGUGCAGGGUCGUCAAACGGCAGCUGCUUACGCGCAGAUGCCUCAUGACUGAGGGCCCUCGUCUGUGUGGUAACAGCUGGGUUUUUCAACAGGACAACGCUGCAGUUCACAAUGCUCGCUCGACGAAGGACUUCUUCACUCUUUUGGACCAUCCUGCAUGUUACCCUCAUUUAAAUCCCAUAGAGGACAUUUGGGGAAGGAUGGCAAGGGAAGUUUAUAAAAAUGCCCAUCAGUUCCAGACAGUUGAUGCCCUUCGUGAAGCCAUCUUCACCACUUGGAGCAACGUUCCCACUAGCCUCCUGGAAACACUUGCAUCAAGCACCAAACCAAUUUUUGAAGUGAUUAACAAGAACGGUGGAGCUACUCAUUACUGAGUCUGACUGAGAAAAUGUUUUGUUUUGGUUUGGAGAGUUUUUUGUUAUUUUUUUAGCGAUGGUCUUAAACUUUUGAUCAUCUGAUAAACAGCCUAUUUCAGUUUAAUUGUUGUUUUCAAUAAAUUAGUGCUUUUUGUCUCA